AUGUAAUUAUUUUUUUGUUACACACAAUCGUAAAACACAUUAAUAAUAAAGACAGUUAAUGCAAAUCCUUGUAAAAUAUCAUCAUGAUACAAAAAGGACAUUGAUUAUAACGCUCUACAUCUUUUAAGAAACAGCUGUUGAUAACUACAUGUAGUGUGAAUUGAAAGUAGUUUCAAAUGUUUUUAUGUCAAAAUGUUGAUGUACAUUCUUUUUGGAUUUUAUACAAUUUCUUCUCCGUCAGUAUGUGAAAAAUGUGAUGGAAGAGGACUCGUCUUUAGUAAAGACAUGUUUAUUGUGAACAAUGUUGAGACGAACCUCACAGACGACAAUCGACCGUUGGCUACGCUACCCACUGGCUUGUCGAUUCGACCAUCUGGAAUCCCUGAAGCCGGUUCUGGUGUAUUUGCUGAAAGAUCGUUCCCUAAGGGUACCAGAUUUGGUCCGUAUGGUGGGAAAAUAACAGAAAACAUUGAUAACUGGUCCUAUGCAUUUAAUGUUUACGGUGACGAUGAUUCUGUUAAAUAUUAUGUAGACGCUUUAUACAAAAACAAUUCAAAUUGGUUACGAUAUGUUAAUUGUGCGAGAACGGUUCACGAAGAAAAUGUGUAUGUCUUGCAAUUAAACGAGGAAGUAUUUUACGUUACGUACGAAUGUAUAACAGAAGGAACAGAGCUACUUGUUUGGUAUGGACCUGAUUAUGGUGAAGACCUGGGGUUACAGAGAAAACCAGAAGAUUAUCAAGAACGAUUUCAUGAACAAGAUGUCAGAUAUGUUAUCGAAAACACAAUAACGGAAAAUGUUCAUAAACUGUACACACAUUGCUAUAAAUUCUUCAAUCAGGCACCAUUUAUCAAACCACCGGGGGAAAAUGGCACGUUUGACAAAUAUUGCUUUCACGAUGGGAGUUAUCAAGUUUGUCUUUACAGCGAAUGUAAUGCAAAUCCUUGCACAAAUCAAACUGACUGUAAAGAUUGUGAUGGUUACUGUUUACAUCAAGGAAAGUAUUUCAAAGCCACCGAAAAAUUCAAACAUGUAGACACAAUUAAUACAUGUGUUUGCAAUGAGGAUGGACAUUUUGGUUGCACAAUUUUUUCUCAGUUUACAGAGUACAUUUGUAGCUAAAUAAUAGUUAGCUAAAUAUGAAGAAAAACAGUGCCAUUUCUUCACUUUGGACACAGAUUUCGUGGAGUUUGCAGUCACAAUUGGAGUAUUUAAUUGUUUUUCGAGAACUAUAACAUCAAAUUUUGUAUUCAAACAUACGUUUAUUUCGCUUCAUUUGGUGGUAACCUACAUGUAGGUGCUUUGAUCUCGUUUCAAAUUAAUGUCAAAUUAAUAUUUAGUAAAAUCGAUCAAGUUUCAGGAUUGCAGGAUAAUGGUACACGAAUUUGCAGUAGCUACGUGCAUCAGUGUUCUUUGGUUUUAAAAAUACUGAACCAAAUUCUCCACAAUUUUAUAGAGUAUUAAUUAUGCAAUUGAAUUGGUAAAUUAAAACCCAUAUGAAGUCGUGGAAAGCAUUUAUGAAAGUUAUUUGAUUGGGCAAUUACGUUCCUCUUAUGUCGCUAUCGUUCAAUAAAUACUGCUGGAAAUGCGACCUUCUUGUAACUUAAAAUAAGUAUUUGGGUUAUCCUUCUUUCUACGAAAAUUCUAGUUUCAGUUAACAUAAAGUUGAUUGAAUUUCCUUCUGUAAUUACUCUCUAUCAAAGUGUCUUGUCAACAUGUAACUUAACUUUUUAAAUGUCUUCUUAGUGCUGUAAAGAAGUUUGCACGCGGACUGUCGACCAAAGGAUAUUCUGUAUCUUAAUUAUUGGAUGAUAUAAUGUGUGAAAG